AUUUGACACAUAACCAAAUUGCGCUUGGCAAGGGCAGGUAGGCUUAGUCAGGGGACCUGAUGAAAUAAACUGAUAUAGCAGCCUAUAUAAGUAUGGAUAGCAGCAGUCUUCAAUAGUACUGCAAAAAAAUAUAUAUAUACGAUAUUGAACCUUUUAUCGUGCCGUAGGGGACCAGUUGAAUUGGAUUUACGUCGUUGGAAUAAGAAUCAUGAUUCCUCAGUCGAGCAGAGCAUUUCUCUUCAAGAUUGCUGGUUACUGGAAGCCGCUUUUCAAAGGCAGGUUUCUAAUUGUAACCAAUACUGUGAGCUGUGGGUGUAUGCUUGCCGCCGGCGACAUCAUUCAGCAAACCAGAGAGACACGGAGGGUCCCGGAGAAGGCACGUGACUGGACGCGAACAGGUUGCAUGUUUGCAGUGGGAUGCUCAAUGGGGCCCUUCAUGCACUACUGGUACCAGUGGCUGGAUAAGUUCUUUCUCGGCAACGCUUUACCUGCUGUCACCAAGAAAGUCCUCACUGAUCAGCUGAUUGCAUCACCGACCAUGGGAGCAUGGUAUUUCAUUGGUAUGGGAAAGAUGGAGGGCCAAAGUCUAUCUGAGGGGUUAGAGGAAUUCAAAGAAAAGUUCUGGGAGUUCUACAAGGCGGACUGGUGUGUUUGGCCCGCGGCACAGAUGAUCAACUUCUACUUCUUGCCUCCUAAGUUCCGUGUCCUCUAUGUCAAUGUCAUCACCCUGGGGUGGGACACCUACCUCUCCUACCUCAAACACCGAGACAAUGUUGAAGGAAACACUGCAUAUGUCACUGAGUUGAAUGAGCCAGAACUGGAAGUGUCAGGGUCAGCAACCAAACAGUUGAAAGAGAAGCUCUAACAUUGGAUUGAUGUCAUUUGAGAGCAUCGGCGGACUUGAAUUCGUUGUCAAUGUCACUGACCAUGACCAUGGCAACAUUCCUUAUGUGUGCCUUAAAAGCACUACCUAUUUCAACAGUUUUAUACUAAACUAUGGUGAAAAAUGUUGCGCCCAGACAAUGCAUACCACAUGUACUGUAUAGUGCAUGCAUUUUCCACUAUAGCCUAAAGCGUUGUCUGGUUGUUGUUGUAUUUAGUGUCUAGUUGAUUAGUAUACAAAGGCAAUGUCCCGGUCAUCAUCUCAGUUGCUAAUCUACCAACCUAUUAAUGAGAGUGAGACUUGUUUCAGGUGUGCCACAGUUUACUUCUACUACUAUAAUGUAAUCUAUGUUGUUUACCCAGUCAAACCUGUUAAAGUAAUGACUGAUGUGCAGAAAGUUACACAUAUCAUUCUUGUGUAAUAGGCAUAGGCUAAUAUAUGUCUAGUAGGUGACAUGCACUACUCCCCUGGUGAUAUUUAACGAUCCUAUAAUUUAUUUAUAGGAAUAGCUUUUUCGAGCAUCUAAAAAUAGUUAUACAAUCUUGAUAAUCUUUUAUUUAUAUGAUGUCUUUUGAUAUCAACCGAUUUCUUUACUGGUAUGGUUUGAAUGUAUUAAUAUCAAAUAUUAUUUUUAAUAUGCCUGUAGAUUUCUUAGGUUUAUAUUGAGGUUGAAUAAAUGCCUUAUAAUACAGUAUGUCAAAUGAGUCAAUCCAAUACUGUAGCUGCAACUGAUCAAAGAUAAUGUUAAUCUCCAAACAAAAUGUAUGUUUAUAAUUGCAUUGUAACAACAUAAACUCCAGGGCCCAGAUUCACAAAACUUUCUUCAGAAGAAAUGUCUUAACUGCCAUUUAUUUCCUUAAGCAAAGUUGCUAUUUUCUCAAAAAGGUUAUUUGAAAUGUUAUUGCGUUAUUUCCUAUGUUUCUCCUUAAGCACAAAGUUAAGAAGAAAUUUGAUUAUUGAAAAUAAAGUUAUUGGAUUUGUU